ACUUUGUUCACGUCGAGAUAUAUUUUGAAUGUUUUGUAUGAAAAGAAUGGAUAAUUGGUGUAUAAUUUCUUAAUCUAUCGCGUUGCUUAUUCAUAGUAUUAUUCAUUUAUUAGCAACCAUGUUGAAAUCUCUCGUGGACAUCACGUAUCUACGAAGUCAAUUUUUAUUGACUCACUAAAAUUAAAUUUAAAUACUUUUAAAUAUACUAAAUAUAAAUGUAAAUGAACGAGAAUAAAUUCUUUACAAAAAAAUCAAUAGAAGUUAAACAUAAAUAUCAUAUAAAACAAAGUGUAAGAAAACAAAAAAUAUAAUAUUUCAAUAUGAAUAAUUAGUUUUUCUUUUUAUUGCUCGAUACCAAUUUUGAAUGAUUACAAUUGAAGUAUAAUUUUCUAUUAAAGGUAUUAAUCUUUGGUCAAAUAAUAUACGUAUACGUGAUGGUACAGCAAAUUUUGUUGCACGCGGAAACAAACCAAAGAAAUUUAAUUUCAAUUUAGCAACUAUGUUAGUCCCCGAUGAUAAAUUACGCGUCGAAUUUUAUACGAUACAUCCGAAGAAAAAGCGAAAAAAAUUGAUUGCAAUUUUUGAACUAAUACUUGAAUGUUUAAUUGAUUCAAAAUAUAUUGAUUUAUCUGAAGAAAAUUUAUCUGAUCCAAAUCAUUAUUUAUUACAAUCAACUGUACAACUUAAAAUUUAUUAUACACCACCAGAUAUUGAUAAACAACUUGCUGCAUUAGGUUAUGGUAAUACAAUUGAAUUGAUCGAUUGGAGAAGUGUGUUUGAUGAGGAAGGACGACAUGGUGGCCAUCGAUAUAGACAUGUUCAUUCAAAACAUGAUGGUCGAUUGACAAAAUUUCGUACAAAAUUAGCCGGUCGUGCAGAUGAUGCUGAUACUGAUUCAUAUAGUGAUGAGGAUUUUGAAGAAUCACAAGAUUCUGAAAAUAAAAUUGGACCUGUUGAUGAAAAUACAAAAAUAAGAAUGCAACAUAAUGAUUUAGAAUUAUUAGAAAAAGGGUAG